AUGACUCUCUUGUUUUCCCCCGCAGAGGCAGGAGGCAGUGAACAGGGACCGAAAAAACCCACUAAGAAACCAAAACCACCGAAGGCUGUCGCUAUUUUCCCACUGAACCAAAAGACUCGAGGAAAAGACAUUGGUCCCCUGAGGAACAGCCCAGGACUAAUAUAUGGUGUUCGACCCGCUCGUGGACCUAAUGGUCAGCCUGGUGGAGCCAUCAAAUUCCCGAAAUUUAAGACCGGCUAUGUGGAGUUUCCGAACAGUGGGAAACUGGACACCAAGAAUUCCAUAACAGUGACUGCUUGGGUCAAACCGGAUGCGCCAGGGAAAAUAAUUGAGUUCAGACCGAGAGGGGUGACUUUCGGCAUUCGAUCGCCUGAUAUUUUGUACGCUCGUUUUGUCCGCCGUAACGGUCGACCAACCAAAACUGUAAAAACAAAACGGCGGGGAGUUACCUUGCGACAGUGGAGUUACUUAGCCAUUACCUAUGACCAGCGAACGGGAAUGGGAACUAUUUGGCGGAACUCUCGACCCAUUGCUUUUCAGAAGCUCGGCUGGAUCAGGCUUGCUACAAAGAAACCUCUUAGGCUUGGAGGGUUGACCCGUGGUCGGCGACCAUUCAGUGGCAGUAUCACGUGUCUUCAAGUUUACAGCGAUGCUUUGACUGGGCCCCAGAUAAAGAAUGUACAGAAUGUUUGCUUUAAACCAGGGCAGCCGACUCCCACCAGACCACCAACAGCCCCUGUUCCAGCUCUACCUCCUGCGAUGGCAUUCUUCCCCUUGAAGUCUAAAUAUGGUGCCCGUGAUAUAAGCCCAACGAAAAACCGCCCGGGAAAAAUCGUGGGUGCCUUACCAGCCCGAGGUCCUGACGGCCAGCGUGGUAGUGCUUAUAAGUUCCGAGGCCGUCCCGAUAGCUUCAUCGAGUUUCCGAACAACGGACGAUUGGAUGCAAAGGAUUCUAUAACCAUUCUUGCAUAUGUAAACCCGGAGAGCGCUGGACCGAUCUUCAAUUUUAAUCCCAAAGGAUUUGGAGUGCAUUUCUGGAUGGUUCGAAAGAAUGUUCUCUUCGCACGCUUUGUGAAAAGGUCCAAGAAGUUUACACGGCCUGUGGCUACGAACAGAGUGAAACCGGGCACUUGGAACUGGCUUGCAGCUUCAUACGAUAAGAACACUGGGUACGCACGUUUGUUCGUGGAUUCCAAAAUCUCAGCUGAAAGAAAUCUCGGCAGAAUAAAGCUUGCCACCAAUUAUCCCGUUAGAAUGGGUGCACGAAAGGGAGAUCGUCGCUUCUUCCGGGGGAAAAUAACUUGUGUUCAAGUUUACAAUGAAGCCCUGACAAGCCGGCAAAUCCGAGCUGCUAGAAAGAGCUGCUUCAGACCAGGUAAAGUCAAGCCCACAAAGCCAAUUUCACCUGUUACCAAACCUACACCGGCUAUCCGUAACUUGGUGGCCGUGUACCCACUGGACGCUACUUCUGGUGCACGUGACCUCAGCCCUACCAAGAAUCUUCCAGGAAAGCUUUCGAGUGUAAAUAUCGCUCCAGGCCCUGACGGCAAACCGGACACUGCAUUGCGAUUCUCUGGCAGUCCUAACAGUUACAUAGAGUUCCCAAAUAAUGGAAGACUGGACACCAGACGUUCAAUCACUUGCAUAGCAUGGGUGUACAAUGAAGGAAGGGGAGGGCCGGUGUUCCAAUACGAUCCACGGGGAGUGGGGGUUGGGUUAAGAAUCAUCGGCUUGGAUCGAAUUGAAGCGCUCAUUGUCAGCCGAAACAGACGAAAGAAAAUUCCUGUCGUGACUCGAAAGAGGUUCUUUAAGCCCAGGACUUGGACUUACGUAGGAUUCUCGUACGAUUUCCUUUCUGGUAUUGUCACAUUGUACGUUAAUGCCAGGCCAGUCUUACGUAGGAUCAUUGGUCGAGUUCAGCUUCUUACUAACAAACCAGCCCGCGCGGGCUCAACCAGGCGUGGAAAACGAUUCUUCCGCGGUCGCUUGUCGUGUAUACAGGUGUACAGCAGAGCUCUGACCAGGCGCGAGAUCAUUGCAGUGAGAAAAAGGUGCUUCAAAGGAGCCGGAAUAAUUCCAGGAAAACCUUCUACAGAUACCCCGACGCCUGUGGCUACAUUCCCACUCAGUGGUGUACUCAGUGGACGGGAUAUCUCUCCAAAUAAGAACCCACGAGCAAAACUCCGUAAUGUGCGGCCAGACAACGGACCCGAUGGUCUCCCUUCAGGUGCCAUUAAGUUGAGAGGUAGUCGAGAUAGCUAUGUGGUGUUUCCAAACUACGGAAAACUGGACACAACGGACGAAAUAACGAUCACUGUGUGGGUGAAGCCCAAAAGCGCUGGACCAAUCUUCCAUUAUAAGCCCCAAUCCUGGGGUGGAGUACAUGUCUGGGUUGUAGGACGACCUGGUAAUCGAAAGUUUUUCGUCCGAUUCUCCACGCGUAACGGCAAAACUGUUCCAGCACUAAGAAGUAGGAAAAUCAAAAUGGGACGAUGGUAUUAUGUGGCUGUUACUUACGAUAAAAAGAAGGGAGUUGGAACCAUUUGGAGAAAUGGCUUCAUUGAUGCUCAGCGCCGUGUUGGAAUUUACAAACUCGCCACUAACUACCCAGCUAUUAUGGGGCGAAAACCAGGGGAUCGCCGCGUACUGAGAGGAAGCAUUUCGUGUUUGCAAAUCUUCAAGAAAGCUUUGAUUGGACCACAGAUUCGAGCACAGAAAAGGAAAUGUUUCAGACGAAAACCAAAUCCUAAAAGGCCCAAGCCGAAGCCAGCUCAGCCGAUGCUCAUGGGGCUCUAUCCGUUUGAUCCAAUCAGUAGAGGCCGAGACAGAAGCCCCAAUAAAGCACCUAAAGCUUUGUUCAGCAACGUCGCUUUGACCAGUGGUCCCGAUGGCCGCCCAAAAUCUGCCGUUAAACUGCGUGGCCUCCCAAACAGCUACAUUGAAAUACCCAAUAAUGGAAAAUUGCGCACGACCAAUUCCAUCUCCAUGUUUGCCUGGGUCAAACCUACAGGGACAGCAGGACCAAUUAUCAACUACGGCAGAGGACCCGCCUGGGAGACACACCUGUGGCAGACAGACCCCAAAACGCUCUUUGUUCGAUAUGUGAAGAUAGGAGGUGCCCCCACUCCGGCCGUUACUAAGGCAGCGCUGACGCGAGGCGUUUGGAAUUUCGUCGGUACAACUUACGAUGGAACUUAUGCCACACUUUGGGUGAAUGGUAAAAAGGUCGCUUCGCGUAAAAUCAACAGCAUUCGUUUGUCAACAAUUGGACCAAUAAGGAUCGGAGUGAAGAACGGCGAUAAGCGUUACUUCAAAGGCGCCGUAGCUUGUGUGCAGCUCUAUCGAGUUGCUUUACAGAAAAAACAGAUACGGAGAGCCAUGAAAAGAUGUAUGAGACGACGCCCGUCUGUUCCCCGUACCACUCCACCCCCACCGCCACCAACUCAGGCACCAGCAUUUACCCCCAAACCAGUUGUCGUUUACCCACUUAACAAGCGGUACCGAGGAAUGGAAAAGCUGGGUCGGAAUCCUCCUGCAAUAUUAAGUGGGGUGCGGCUUGCACGCGGACCUGACAAACGACCCGGCGGCGCGUACCAGUUCACUGGUAAACCCAACAGCUUUGUCAAGAUCCCUAACAAGGGAAGAAUGGACACCAUGAAGGCUAUAACGGUCCUUAUAUGGGUACUACCCAAAAACCGUAUGGGCCCCAUUGUUCAGUUCGCCGACAAAGGAUCAGCCGUAAGACUGUGGAUGAUGAGGAGAAACAUGGUGUUUGCAGAGUUUGUGACCAGGCAGUCACGUGAUACCAAACCAUAUUUGGCAAGCGUUGAUGGCGUAUUACCUUGGAAAUGGAAUCACUUUGGAAUGUCCUACGACAAGGCUACUGGUAUAGCUACACUGUUUGUGAACAGUAAGCCAGUCGUGCGUAAAAAGAUUGGUUAUUUUGAUCUAUCAACCAAUCACGAUGUGUAUCUGGGAGCGAGGCCAGGCGACAAGCACGCCUUCCGUGGUCGAGUGUCGUGUUUACAGUUUUUCGACAAAGCUCUUACAAGUCACCAGGUUAAGAAGAUGGAGACGAAAUGUCUCAGAGCACCUGGUGUUCAGCCGUCUAUUCAACCAACCGUGAAACCUCCUUAUAAACCGAAGCCGAAACCUUGUCACAAAGUGGUUGCAGUUUACCCGCUGACUGCUCAAGAUCAAGGGCGGGACAUAAGCCAUAAACCCAAUCGACCCGCGAGGUUGCGGGGCGUUUAUCCUGCACCUGGUCCUGACGGUCAACGCGGGACAGCGUAUCGCUUCACAGGAAGACGCAACAGUUUUAUUGAGUUCCCCAAUAGGGGUCCUUUGGAUACAAAGGACUCUAUCACUUUACUAGCUUGGAUUUACCCCCAAGGAAAACCUGGACCCAUUGCAAACUAUCAUCCAAACGGAUGGGGUGUACAUUUCUGGCUCGAAACGCCAAGGACUUUGAUGGCGCGCUUUACGCGGCGUGGAAAACGCGGUAGACGAAGGCGGCGCUACACUGUUGCUUUACGAAGCAAACGGAUCCGAUUGAAUCGUUGGCAAUUUGUCGGUUGUAGCUACGACGGGAAAACAGGAACGGCGAGAUUGUGGAUCAACAACUAUCAAGUGGCACGGAAGUACAUCGGAAGGAUUCGGCUAGCCACCAAUUAUCCAAUUAGAAUGGGAGAAAAGAUCGGAGAUAAGCGCCGAUAUUCUGGAAGAAUCUCUUGCUUCCAAGUGUUUAACUACGCGCUGACCCAAAGGGAGAUAAGAGGAAGACAGAGGACUUGCUUCAAACAACGUAAAGGUCCUCUUCGACCACGCCCAUCAACUGGACGGCCAGUUUAUCUUCCCAGACCAGUGGCGUUCUUCCCACUGAACAAAGGUGCCAGAGGAAGGGAUCUUAGAAACAGAAGCCCUAUAGGAAGGCUCAAUCAUGUUCGUGCGGCUCCGGGUCCUCUCGGCCGACCAGGCGGGUCCAUCCAACUUCUCGGCAAACGGACCAGUUACGUUCAGUUUCCUAACAGACGUGGAGGUGCACUCGAUACGUCAUACUCUAUGACGGUCUUGGCAUGGAUUUAUCCUGAAGGUACCGCAGGGCCCUUAUUUAACUACCAUCCAAGCGCCCGUGGAGUCCAUUUCUGGCUAAAAACUCCAAGAACGUUGUAUGCCAGCUUUAUGCGUCGAAAGGGAAGAAAAUACACCGCGCCUGUGAGGAGCAGAUCCAUACAGCUAAGAAAAUGGCAAUUUGUCGGAGCAAGUUACAACAGAAAUACGGGCACAGCAGCACUAUGGAAAAAUGGAAAAAAGAUUGCUAAAAGAUUUAUCGGUCGGAUACGACUUGCCACUAACUAUCCAGUACGCAUGGGAGCUAGGUCUGGGGACAGACGCUACUUUAAGGGACGUGUUACUUGUCUGCAAGUCUAUUCAGUGGCGCUAACUGCAGCGCAAGUGCGACGUGCCGCUAAGAAAUGUUUCAAGGCGGCUCCAGCUCCAGUACGGCCACGACCAACCCUCAGACCAACACGGCCCACUGCUCCCAGACCAUCCUAUAAUCCUGUCGCCGUCUACCCAUUGAGUGCCGCCACUAAAGGACGGGACAUGAGCGCUCGCAAAAACCCUCGGGCCAUCCUCGGUAGCGUUCGUCCGGCUCCGGGCCCCGACGGAAAGAAAAGAAGUUCGUAUCAGUUUUUCGGCCGCCCGAACAGUUACAUACACCUUCCAAACAACGGCGCACUAGACACAGUGAAUUCCAUCACAGUAUCCCUGUGGGUGUAUCCCCAGGGGCCGGGACCGCUCGUCAAUUAUAACCCCAAGGGACAGGGAAUGCAGAUUUGGAUGGUCAGCCCGACGCAACUGUUUGUCAGGUUUGUCCGACGCCGAGGCCGCCGUCUAACCUCGCCUCUCAUCUAUAGAAUAUACCGCAGAAGUUGGAAUUACGUGACAGCGGUAUACAACCGAAGAACAGGAGUGGCGAGACUUUACGUAAAUAACCGGCUGGUUAGACGAAAACUGAUCGGAAAGAUACGCUUGGCAACUAAUUAUCCUGUUAGGCUUGGUGCUAAGAUAAAGGGUCGCAGGAGUUUCAAAGGACGUUUGGCCUGUCUGCAAAUCUACAAUACUGCUUUGACAGGAAGGCAGAUUGCUUUAAGAAAGAAGAUGUGCUACAGAACACGCGGCCCUCUUCCUAUUUCAUCUGCACCAAAACCGAUCAGACCAGUAUGCCAAAAGAGACUGGACAUAGCGUUCUUGUUGGAGAGCGGAAGAAUAAGUUCCAGUAACUUCCAGCGCACUCUUCGUUUUAUCAAGAGACUUGUGGUGUCAUUCCCACGUGCUAGGUUUGGUCUCGUGUCGUAUUCCAAGCGUGCCACAAAAGUCUUCGGAUUUUACAGUUUUAGAGGAAGAAGACGGAGUUUGCUGAGUGCCAUCAGCAGCGCUCCUUUCUUCAGAGGCGGACCUCGAACUGGUGCCGCCCUCAUGUAUGUCAAGAGCAAUCUGUUCAGUGGUCGUUCUCGAGGCAGAAAAGUUCUUUUUGUAAUAACGCACGACAGGUCAUACGAUAAUGUUGCUCUCCCAGCAGCCUCCCUGCGUCGUGCUGGUGUCGAGGUUAUCAGUAUUGGCACCGGAAGAGCACCGAGUAUUGGACAGCUGCGGCAAAUGGCGGGAAAACGAACCGGUGCUGUGUUCACUUCAAGCUAUAGAACUCUAAUGUCCAUUGCGAAAGCAGUUCAGCGGAAGGCUUGUGCAGGUGCCAGACCCUUCGUGAAGCCUCCGCCAGGAAUUAUAAUGCCAAAAUUUCCAAAGCCAAGGCCUCAUGGAAAAGUGUGUGCUCGUCCUGUAGACAUUGUCUUUAUCGUGGACGCCUCUGCAAAAGUUGACAGGAAAAAUUUCCUUUACAUACGCAACUUUUUGAAACAAAUCGUGUCAUCAUUCUCUGUGUCUGCCUCAAUCACUCGUUUUGGUAUGGUGGAAUUCAGUACUAAUCCCAGAAAAUUGUUCGACUUCAACCGCUUCACGAAUCAGGCAACGUUAGUAAACGUGUUGGGUCGUGUGCCGUACAUGGGGGGUGCGCCGAUGGCGGGAAAAGCGUUGAAAUAUGCCGCGGCCACACUCUUCGCACGUACCACGAGGCCGAAGGUUGCCAUAGUGGUCUCCAGCGGCAAGUCACUCGACUCGGUCAUGGCUCCCGCGCGAAUGUUACGGCGUGCUGGCGUGACGUUAAUCGCGGUAGGCCUGGGUCAAAGUUUUAGUGUUACGCAACUGCGACAGAUGGCUACCACCAGGAGACACGUGUUUGCGUCACACUUUAAAACCGCGAACAACAUCGUAAGAUCGAUCAAGGAAAAAGCUUGCAAAGCUCCCAAAUCUGUUCCUCGUCCUGUGCCAGGAAGACCUCGACCGGGUGGAAUACGUCCGUACAAAUAUGUUGGCGCUUACAAAGUUCCACCUCGCAAAUAUCUUGGCCGACCAAUUCGAAUUAAGAAUCCCAUAUACGGACGCAGGAUAUGCGAACGCAUUGCCCGACGGGAUCGUUUCCGAUCCUUUGCAGUGUUUGGCGGCCGCCUUUGUUUUCUCUCUCGUCGAGGCCCUCGUAAAUUUAUGAUCGCUGGUCGAACAAAGUCGAAGAAGCCUAGAACCUACAUUAAGGUCUUCAUUGAACCCAGAGGUCCAUCAGGUGGAAUCAUGCCCAGACCACUUCGGCCAAGGCCCCGGCCUCGGCCUCCUCCUGGGUCACCAGCGAGACGCAAGCCCCAACCAGUUAAAUUGCCUUUGCCGAGGCCAAGGAAACCAGGUUAG